AUGCGCCAUCAUCGCCGAGAGAGCUUCGUCCAAGCCGUCGUUGGGCCCAGUUUGGUGGCACUCACAUUCCCGAGCAGUAAUAGUGCCCAAUUGCAGGCGGGUGCCAGGUGCGUCGCGGCUCGUCUGUAUUCAAGCGCUUUUGCGCUUUUGGACCUGAUCGCGCUGGCAUCGGCUGUUGGUGUGUCGCUUACGGACGCGGAGGCCAAUCUUCUGGAAGGGGUCAUGGUCACCCUCGAUUGCUUCAUCGCCGUCUUCAUGCGCUGGACCGCCGUGAUCGAAUUCGGCCUCGCUGCGUCUGACAUGCAGGCGUGCAAAAUAGUAAAGGGGUCCACUGACACUGUGAACGAUGUUGCAGGCUCCGUGCGCGCGGCAUUCGCAGUUAACAUGAGAGCAGUAAAUCGUCCAGGGUACGCAUUUCGGCGUUCUUCACCGUGA